CUUCUCAGUGCUGAUAUAUCUUCCUAAAAUUUAUUAAAAGGAGGCAAAAACGUUGCAUAUUGCAGAUUUGCUUAUUAGAUCAUAAUGCCACCUAAAAGAACAGAAGAUUAUGGUUGGCAACAUGGACAAAUGGUUGAUGGAAAUAGAUUUCAUUGGAAGUGCAAUUACUGUAAUAUGGUCGGAAUGGGCGGAGGUGUCACUCGCCUAAAGAAACAUAUCGCUGGAGGUUUUUCUGAAGUAUCAAAAUGCCCUAAAGUCCCUCAGGAAAUAAGACAUGCAAUGAAAAUUGAAUUAGAAUCUUCAAAAAUAGCAAAAAAGAAAGCAAGGGACGAUCGAGAUGAACUAGAUAAACGAGCGGGUGAAUAUCCCCCUACUGACCCAUAUGAAGGUUUAGGUGAUGAAUUAGAUCCUGAUAUUAGAGCUGCGAUGGAAGCAUCUGCACAAGAAAGAUGGCAGCAAAAUGAAGUCCAACGACAUAGAGCACAAUUUGGACGCUCUCAGUUUGAUGCUGGUGGUGGGUCUGGCUCUGGCUCUGCAUCAUCUGGUUUAGCUCGAAGUGGUUCUGUUAGCCGCAUGUUCGAUAGAUUUAAAAAAGGACCAAAAGGAAAAAGUGGAAGACAUCCAAAUAUUAUAGAUAUAGACCCAAUGGCAUUUCCUGACCCAGAUGCUCAACAGCAGCGCAUAGAUAGUAUGCUAAAAAAAGAUAAAAAAGGCAAAAUUGGUCGAGCAAUAGCAAAAUUUUUUCACUUCAGUCAUAUUCCUUCCAAUGCAGCAAGUACUCCAUAUUAUAGAUCAAUGAUCGCUACCAUACAAAAGGAGGGUCCAGGAGUUGAACCCCCAACGCCGUAUGAGAUUUCUGGCAAAUAUCUUGACGCGGAGGUCAAUGAUAUUCAUGCAUGGGUAAAAACCUUCAAACAACAAUGGGAGAUGUAUGGUGUUACCUUGAUGUGUGAUAGUUGGACAGGACCGACAAAAAUGAGCAUUAUAAGUUUUUUGAUCUAUUGUAAUGGCAGGGUGGUUUUCCACAAAUCAAUCGAUGCGACCGGUCGAUUUGAAGAUGCUGAUUAUAUAUAUGCAUUAUUGGAACAAGUUUUAGGUGAGAUUGGUGAGAAAUGUGUGGUACAAGUUGUAUCAGACAAUGGUGCAAACUUCAAAAAAGCUGGCAAACUAUUAAUGCAAAGGCAUCCGCAUUUAUUUUGGACUCCUUGUGCAGCACAUUGCAUCAAUCUAAUGAUGGCUGACUUCGGUGACAUAAAUCGGGUUAAAAAACUGUAG